GCGGAUCCUAACUGAUCGGAGCGUCACGUGCGUGCGAAAUAGGUCAUUUUUCGAAACCUGCCCCACUGCCUAAAGGGUUUGUGCUGCGUCAGGGUGGCAAAAUGGUUCACGGAAACGUGAGGUGAACUGCGACGUUGAUGUGUGUAGGUGUGAAAGCUCCCCAUCCUAAGCGUACCAUUCAGCAUCCCCAUCCUAAGCGUACCAGGCAGGUAGGCAGGCAUGCAUAGGAAGCACCAGUCAAAAGAAAAACAGUCGACAAGUGGGACGAGCGGAUUUUGCUGUGCUUAAGCGCUGUUUGCAGUAGUGAAUUAUGUCAAAUUAUUGUCGUUACUAGCGGUAGGUCUAGGUUCAUGUGUAUACAAAGCGUCCAGAUAGAAGGCGAAGAAUUGCAAUGGAUCUAAUAAGGAUUACCACCCGAGGAUACGGAUAGCUAACGAUAGCAUUUCCAAGUGGAUAGGCAGUGAUUCGGUGCUGUUAGGCGACGGUGGUGCUACAGUUUGCGAAUAUUGAUUUAUGGAUGUCCCCGCGGUAAGAAGACCAAGGAUACGCAACCACCCAGGAUAUACGUGCAAAGAAUGAGAGUGUUGUGUGUCCGAUGCUUUCGCGUGAACGUGAAACAAUGUCGAGGGGAAAUAAGUCCUUACCGGGAAGCACUAGCGAAAAGGUUAAAGUGUUAUUCAGCAUUUCAUGGUGAAGUUUUGAGUGCUGUGUGCUAAGAAUAGAGGUAUCGAAUCGCGGAUAAGAGUGAAUGAUGGAUUAAUUGCCAGAGAGGCAGUCAAGAGGAAAUCAAUCCUGUGGCGGAGGAUGUUUUGCCCAAUCCUCGUGGUUGUGUCGCUUUGAGUGAAAUGUGAGAAAUCCGAAACAAAGAGAAUAUCACCCUCAUGUGUCCUUCGUCAGUGGAUUGCCUACAAAUCAGUGAUAGUGCCAUCGAUAGAAGAAGGCAAAAAUGUGAAUGCUAUGAGAUUUGUCAGUUUGUCAAAAUAGGCGACGGACGGAGCAUUAUGCUCUGGUGCGAAAGUGGGCCGAAGAAUAUAAAACAUAAGUACAUAUAUAUGCCAAAUGAGUAGAAAUGAUGUCAACAAUCCUGUAGCGUGAUCCGCAUAACCAUGUUGAUACCACUAGUGAUAAUCAUUCCCCUAUUUGCCUCGAGUGUCUCUUGUGGUGGCAAUAGCGACGAGAAUGAUUCCGUGAAGAAAACGACUUCACGUGUCGUGCAUAUUAAAUACGGCUCGGUAUCCGGCACCAUCGAACAUCUGGAUGGGAGACAUCUGGAUCCGGUGGAGGCGUUCCGAGGAAUUCCGUAUGCCUCGCCUCCCGUAGGCACAUUGCGCUUUAUGCCUCCGGUAACUGGGGCACUCUGGUCCGGAGUCAAGAAAGCGGAGAGAUUCAGUCCAGUGUGUCCACAGCGUCUUCCCGAUAUCGCUAAUGAAACAGCGGCACUGGAACGAAUGCCCCGAGGUAGAUUAGAAUAUUUAAAACGACUUUUGCCGUACCUUAGGAAUCAAUCGGAAGAUUGUCUGUACUUGAACAUCUACGUUCCAACCCAAGCGGGCUCCCGAGAGAACUCUGGUGCUCAAAAGUAUCCGGUGAUGGUUUUCGUCCACGGUGAGUCUUACGAAUGGAACAGUGGCAAUCCGUACGAUGGGUCCGUGCUAGCCAGCUACGGACAGAUUUUAGUAGUUACAAUCAAUUACCGUCUAGGAAUAUUAGGAUUUUUAAAUGCCAACAUCAACCGGUUCUCAAAAGCACCGGCCAACUACGGUCUGAUGGAUAUCAUUGCGGCCCUCCAUUGGAUCCAGGAAAACAUCGAUAGCUUCGGGGGUGACCCACGAACCGUUACACUGGCCGGCCAUGGGACCGGAGCCGCGUGUGUUCACUUUCUCAUCGCUUCAGCUGCCGUACCAGAAGGUCUCCUGUUUCAUCGAGCAAUCCUGAUGUCGGGCUCUGGAUUGGCUCCGUGGUCCCUCGUGGGCGAGCCAGCCAAAUUCGCCGCGCAUGUAUCGCAUCAUGUGAAUUGUUCACCCGACCUACCUCACCAGACGCUGCUCAAGUGUUUACGGGACAAACCACUCGAUGACGUUUUAUCAACACCGGUUCGAGCACCGGAUUUCGGAAACGCCUUCGGACCAAGUGUGGAUGGAGUGGUAAUUGACCCUGGCGAGAUUCAGCAGAUGGAUGGGUCCCAUUACAGUGAUUACAGUGCACCCGCGGCACCCAAACCGUCAACCCAUCUUCACAACACGCUCAACACUAUCAACGCGAUCCUUUUACGUAAACUAGCUAUCAACAAAUUAUCCAAAUAUGACGUGCUGGUGGGGGUAACCCGAGCCGAAGCCUAUUUCGUAUUCAAUUCCGAAGACGUGCAGUACGGCAUUGAAGCCGACCGAAGAUCGAAGAUCUUGAAGAACUACGUCAAGAGUACCUAUAGCUAUCACCUUAACGAAAUACUAGCCACCAUAGUUAAUGAGUACACUGACUGGGAAAGGCCCAUUCAACAUCCCAUCAAUAUAAGGGAUGAAACACUGGAAGCGUUGAGCGAUGCCCGGGUAGUAGCACCCGCAGUUCAAACCGCUGAUCUACAUUCGGCAGACCAUCGAAACUCGUUCCUGUACGUAUUCGACUAUCAAACAAAGUUUGGCGAUUUCCCACAGCGACAAGGCUGCAUUCAUGGGGAAGACCUGCCGUAUCUAUUCGGAGCACCGCUCGUCGGAGGAUUCAACCACUUCACCAGAAACUACACGAAAUCCGAAAUUGCGCUGUCGGAAGCGGUCAUGAUCUACUGGUCCAACUUUAUCCGCACCGGAAACCCGAACGAGCAACUCGAAAAUGACCACAUACGGGACCGGACCCGGUUUAAAAACAUCGAAUGGACGCCGUACGAAAGCGUGCAUAAAAAAUUCCUAAAUCUAGAUACGAAACCGAAACUGAAAAAUCAUUACCGCGCACAUCGACUGUCAUUUUGGCUCAAUCUGGUGCCAGAUUUACAUAAGCCUGGCGGCGAUGAUGUGCCCAGCUCACACCACGCGCUCGAGGAUGACGAAGAGGAAAACGUACCCGUGCCGACGGUGAAGCCACUUAAUCCUCCACUGCGAGACCCAACGACUGCCAAUUCCAACUUUUCCCUUUUCACCACACAAGUAUUUUCUCUGCUAAAUUUUUCCACUUACGGGAUUAACAAUAGCGCCAGUCGUCACAACGUCCAUAAGCCGAUUCCGGUGACAGCGGAGUCGUCGGAGGGGUCCGAAGAUGACGGGGGUGCUUCACCACAGGAGGACGGUUUCGCCGCUUACAGCACGGCGUUGAGCGUGACGAUAGCAAUCGGAUGUAGUUUGCUGAUACUGAAUGUUCUUAUUUUUGCCGGUGUUUACUAUCAACGUGACAAAACGAGGUUAAACGAUUCGAGAAAUAGCAAGAAACGUAACGAAAACGGUCAGAUGCCGAACAAUAUUUGCGGUGAACUGGAAAGUUUGACCAUUCACGCGAAAAGCGACCCGUCAACGAUACUGGGACAUCACCAUGCCUUACAGCAUCAUCAGAUGCCGCCACCGGAGUUUGCCGAUCUGCCACAACGGGCACCACCGCCACCGAAGCAUAUUAAAUCGGUUCCGGAUGGGACGAUACUGUCGCAACAUGCGUUACAACUGAUCGGUAGCAAUUGCGGGACGCUGACGAAAAAGAGCUGCGUCAAGUCCAACUUGACUACCUCCAAUCAGGCACAGAAUGCGAUGGACGAGCUACGAGUGUGACGUUAAGUAUCCUUUGCCAUCGAGAAGCAAUCUCGAUGCGAGCACCGGCAGCAGCACCACCAUCAUCUCCGCCAGCAGGACAAAUGCCGAAAGCAUCCGUAUGCCGAGUAUCAGCAUUACGAACACCACCACCACCACUACCAUCAGCAUAACCACCCCGAACUACAAGAGCAGCAGUUGUAAUGCAAUGCCGGCGCUUCAUAGUUUUAAAUCCAUGAUGCCAGGAGUUCGGUACACGAGAAGUGUUAUCAAUUAAUUAUUAAUUGAUGGGCGUACUUAGGUAUAAAUCAAUAAUGAAUAAAAAAAAUUGUGUACAUAAUACGUAUAGGAGAUACUGCACUUACACCGACACCGGGCUCACUCAUUCACUCCGUCGCUGUCUCUGUAAUGACUUUUGCUCGCUCUGUUACGAUUUUAUACGAAAAAGAACGGAAGGAUGUGAAUAAUAAAUUGCACUACUAGCAUCUUAACCGGGAAGGGGAGGCUGGAGGUUAGCAUCCAGCUCGGAAGGUUUCUGUUUUAUUCAAGUGGUGCUUUUUGUUCCCUUCACUUUUUGUAUAUAAAUCGGAAUUCCACGAUAUAAUUUAUAGCCGGAAAGCAGAGAGAAAAAGAAGUGAUUAUUAAUUGACAUGAACCCACUUGGCGAGUGAGAUAUUCAGCAGUUCAAAUUGUUGGCCUUUGCUGCUAUGAUGUUUUUUUUUUGUUUUUAUGUUGAACUGGAGCUUCAUUACAUGCGUACUGUUGGUUAGAAACCGUUGGCAAGGAUCGCGGUAGACCCAACUUUUCCAUCUGAUUGACGGAAGCCUCAUCAACAUUCCGACAUAGUUGUUUGUAUUGAGGAAUUAGAACAGCUAUCUAAUUUAUUCACGCUCUUCUGAUUUACAAGGCAACGUAAAUAAACUCUUCUGAUGAAUGUAUGCAUUACAUUUAUAUGACUCGCAUGUUUGAACGCGUAGGGUUUUCUUUUACCAACUGGUAUAUUCACAAUUUGUAUUGAUAUUCCUGAGUAUGAAAAUAUUUUUUUAGAAACAAGUUGCUCUCAUAACCAGUAAGUAUACAGUUCACUCCGAAGGAUCACCAGUACAGCUUCAUUAGAACUGGAAUUGAUCAGCAGGAAUUGAUUUUCUGUAAAACUCUAUGUAACAGUUCAUUACAAAAAUCAUUUAAAAUUCUGCUUAUAUUAAUCUUGAUUUCCGUACCGACUAUUUCGGCAAUCACGAUAGAGCAUCUUCGUUCGCUAUCCUUUCCUUCUUCGUAAUUCGAAGCAGUUACGUGUUCAUCCUCGGCAAAAACUUUUCAGGUCUGCUAUCGGAAUCAGGCUGAGAACUCGGAAGCAAUCUAAUGAUGAAAUCUUGAUUGCACUGCCGUCUUGAUGUUUUAUUUUGUAGGAAAAAUACGCAUGUAAUCACGAAUGUGCUUAUUUCUACCGUCGCAGCCUUUUGCGAAAGGUAACCGAAAUCAUUUACCUGGACAGUGUAUCAAGAUCUUACCGAAGGUUAACGGGAUACGACCAGGUGAAACACGAAUACGAUUUUGAAUUUGGUAGUGGGGACGGGUAUAGCGUGAUGGGUAAGUCGAUGCCUUUCACGCAGCCCACCUGGGUUCGAUUCCCAACCCCUCACAUAUGGUCGGAAAAUUUUUCUGGUCCGAGGAGUCGAAUGACCUGAAGGUUAAAACCUCUAUAAUCGAAAUUGAAAAAAAUGGGAGUGUACAUUGCAAAAACUCGUUUCAAUCCACCUAGUUAUGCGAUGACGUCUUUCUCAUAUUAUUCAUAUUCUAAAAGAUAUUACAGAGGGAUUCUUCAAAACACUUUGUAUUGAAUCUUGAAUGAAAAUAAAAAAAAUUGAACACAAUCUUCUAGUUCGGAAUAAGAUUUAAUUUCUUUUCGUUUUUCGCUUCAUCGCUCUAAAAGACAGUUUGAAAUUUGAAAACGCGCUUUACCCUGCAACUCUGAGAUCGAAAGUCGAUCAAAUUUAAUAGCAGUUCAUUGAACUGUAGGUCCUUUUAUUCAAGUCGAAGUAUGCGAAAAUCGGUUUAUGUAUUUUUGCGAGAAUGGAGUGAGUUCCAAUUGUUGGAAUUUUUGACCACUACUACGGGAACUAUAUAGCCGAAAUCGGAUCUUUUGAUAAGCAACUAACAUAAACUAAAAGUUGAACUUUUCCGAUUUUUGCAUCGUAACUUUAUAUGACGGUAUGAUAUUUUAAACAUACUUUACCUUACAAUUUAGAAACCGGAAGUCGGAUUAAUUAGCAAUACACUGCAGAACCUUUAAAUUGAGCCUACGUUUGUGAAAAUCGCUCCAGACAUCGCUGAUAAAAUUAAGUGAGUAUAUUUUUUCGAUAAACAUUAUAUCAGGUGUACAACUUUGCUUCCACCUUUUUCUCCAAAAUUAAAAACUUUAUUGCGAAAAAGUGCUUACAGAUGUAUUUUUCAAAGUAUAGUCCGUCGCUAGCGACAACUUUCUCCCAUCUUUCCGGCAAUUUUCGGAUCCCGGCUCGAAAAAAGGAGUCAUCUUUUGUCACUAUCCAAGAAGCAAUCCAUUUUUCCAACUCUUCGAAGGAUUGAAAAUGUUGUUCUGCCAGGCCGUGUGUCAUCGAACGGAAUAGGUGGAAGUCAGAAGGGGCGACAUCUGGGGAAUACGGCGGGUGGAACAAUACAUCCCAUUUCAGCAUUUCCAGGUACUUUUUGACCACUUUUGCGACGUGAGGCCGAGCAUUGUCGUGCUGGAAGAUGACUUUGUCAUGUCGCUCUUGAUAUUGUGGCCGCUUUUCUUUUAGCGCGCAACUAAGGCGCAUCAGUUGCGUUCGGUAGCGAUCUCCUGUGAUGAUUUCACACGGUUUUAAGAAUGCCCGGGCUUUCCCCAUGAUUUUCUGCGUUUAGGAUUAUCGUAUCGAACCCACUUUUCAUCACCGGUUACGAUUCGAUGUAAAAACCCCUUACGAUUUUGUCUUUGAAACAGUUGCUCACAUACAAAUAGACGGCGCUCGAUGUCCCUCGGUUUCAACUCGUACGGCACCCAAUUCCCUUCUUUCUGAAUCAUGCUCAGGGCCUUGAGACGUUUUGAAAUGGCUUGCUGGCUCACUCCCAACGAUUCGGCUCUCUUGGGUUUGGCACGAUUGUUCAUCAAGCAAUGCUUCUAGUUGUUCAUCUUUGAAGGUUUUUUCUCUUUCACCACCAUGUUUGUCUUCGACAUCGAAAUCACCAUUUUAAAAACGUUGAAACCACUCCCGACACGUUCUUUUUCUUAGAGCAGCAUCACCGUAAGUUUCUGAGAGCAUUCGAUGCGCUUCAGCUGCAUUUUUCUUUCGAAUUGUAACAGAAAAGUAAAACUUCCCGCAAAUGGCUAGAAUUGGGCACAUAAACAGACAUUUUCGAGCGUGAAUAUUACGAAAACAAGAACAACUGUCACUGAAACGGCGAUGACAAUUCGUUAGGCACUGUACACACUCACUCUAAAGACAUUAUCAUCUAUGUAUUUUGACCAGCCUCAGCCGGUCCAACAACCGGAAAACGGGGCGGAAGCAAAGUUGUACACCUGAAAACCUGAAAAGAAAUUUCAUUUCGUUAGUCGAGCCGACAGAAGCUAAAUACGGUCACCGAUUCAAAAAUAAUGUUAUGUUAAAUUUGAAUUGCUUCGAAUUCUAUAUUAACUAUAUUGCUUACUACAUUCAAAAUAAACCGAACUUUUUCUAAAUAAGAGAUACUUUCGAUUUGCAAUAGAAUGAAUAUUUGGACGUUCCCAAUUUAAUGUCCAUGUAAAAAUCGUUAUGCUGGAAAAAUCUCGCACUUUCUCUGUGCUCUCUGGAAAAUUCAUGGUUUUCGUCUGUCCGUCAUUGAUGUAUUCAGAAUCGUUUCUAAAACACGCAUACCACUCAUGAACACAUGGCCAUUUCCACAUAUAUUACCCUGUAAUUUCGGAACCGGAAGACAAAUCGAAAUAAAUUCAGACAUUAUAUGGAAUCUUAACACCUUUCAUUUCAAUUUGAGUUUGAGAAAAUUUGAUAUGAGUGAAGCUAGUGCACAUAUUCUGGAACUGGAAAUCAUAUUCAAAUAAAACCAGCAAUCUUUUUUUUCUCUCCGCGAAAAGUGGAUGUUACAUACACUGGAACCUCAAUAAUCUAACUACAAUUAUAAGCAAAGUAUAUUUGGUUGACUAAGGAAAUCCGUAAGAGAUAUUCCAAGAUCCAAGAAAUACUUGGAAUACUGUCCAUAAGGACUACACUGUGUCACAGCAAGAACUACAUCGGCUAAUGUGUGUUUUUUGUUUGCUGUUCAUAUUUUUGGAGCUACACAUUGCUUACUUGUCUAUUUAUAGCUGUUUCAGGUAUGUUCUAAGUCAUCCAAGAACUUCGGUGAAAGAAGGUCUUAAGAUCUUCACGAGCAAACAGCAGCUUAUGUAUAAUUUUUCAAUGCUGCUUAUAGUCGAGGAACUACAUAUUGCUUACUUGUCUAGUCUGAUCUGUUUCAAAAAUAUUUUCAGUCAUCUAAGAACUGCUGUGAGCCAAGAGUAUGGAACGUGAAGAUUAAGUGCGUUACUGUAUUUUGCUAUUCUGAUAGAUCUACGCCAUCCAAAAACUUCCAUGAAGCUCAGGUAAGAUCUAUCAGAACAGCAAAAUACACUAACGAAAUUAAUCUUCACGUUCCAUACUCGUUUCAUUUCACAAUAAGCCUAUUAAUUGCAUGUGGUAUCACGAGUACGAAGCGACGACAAUAAGUUCGUUUUUGCACUUUGUCAUGGUGAUAGAUCUUAAGGUCUGAACUCCAGAUAGUUUUUGGGCGAACUAGCACUUCUUUAUAAUUCAUCACAAUGAUCCCAUGAAUUCAAUAUGAUACCACGAGUAUGGACCACAAAAAAUAUAUUCACUAUUGUCAUCGGUUUUGUUGGUAGAUCUUAAGGCCUAUAUUCCAAGGAGGUUUUGGAUGGACAAGAACACAGACAUUAUCACAGUAUGUCAAUUUGCUGAAUAUAGUACUACGAGCAUAUACCGCACUCAAAAGUCAUACAAAAGCCUCCAGUCACGCGUUUUUAAUUUAAUUUCUUUUUUUCACAGAAUUCCUGGAUACCUAUGACCUUGACAAGAUUUUAUGAACAAAACAAUUCCGUUUCACAUUUCAUAAUGUUCAAUUCACUGAAGUAUGUUGGAUUGUUUUGUAUACAUUUGAAUAAAAUUUUCCUUCAUUAUGCAAUAACUGUUUUUACGCAAUUGUCGCGUAAAUUGAAAAAAAAAGAAGUUUUUUUUCAAAUCAAACGCAUAAAAAAGGCGCGUAAAUUCAAUUCGUAUAAAUUUAGUUCGCGUAAUUUGGGAUUUUAGUAUACAUACAUUCACAAUAGAGUGCCAAUAUUUAGGUUCAAAUGAAAUUGUUCAAAUUGGUACUUUCAAAUAAAGGGCUUUUUGGUCAAUUGGUUUCUCGUCAAAACAUUUAUUUUUCGUUAAAGGCCAACUUUGUUAAAGGCUUCAUUACCUUCGAAAUGUUGGCCUUUAACGAAAAAUAAAUGUUUUGACGAGAUACCAAAUGACCAAAAAGCCAUAUCUUUAUUUGAAACAACAUUAAUUGAACGCUUCCGCCACAAAUAAAUUGGUACUGUUCAAAUGAUUUGGCAACUUAAAAUAGUCUCUAUUCAAAAUUUAAGACUAAUCGGACAUGGGUAAGUGCUACCACAUCGCCGCCAAAGUUUGAAUAUUUAUAUUGUUGAAAAAUCAUCAAAGGGAAGAGUAGAUACGAAAAACUUGCUUACGAAAUCGAUGUCUUGAAAAUACAUAAUGUGUUGAUUUUUAAAUAAACGAGAUUUCUGAAAGCCACCUUCGUACUAAAUUAGACAGUCAUCCAAACGAAGUUUAAAUCGUAUCUAAAUUAUUUGGACAAAAGCUCUUGGAUAUAGUUUGAUGGUACAUGAUUUCUUUUUCCAACUAAAGCACCAUCCGGAUGGAAAAUAAAUGCACCACCCUAUUAAAAUACCAGAUAUAAAUUAUUAAUCGUGAAGGUCCAAGAAAAUUUUAAGUAAUAUAGGCAAGGAUGGCUUUUAUCGUAUCAAAGAACGUUCACUGGCAACUCUUCAAUGAUUGAAUCAGUGCCAUACAAGAGAAACGGAAAUCAUCGCAACAACAAAAACCUGACAUGGCUCACAUGGCACGCUGCUGUGGGGAUCCUCUCUGAAGCAACAAACGGUCGCCUAUUCUCGUUUCGCGAUUCGAUUCUAUAAUGGAAGUUGAUAAUUGCGAUAGAAUCAUUUUACUAUUCCCGCUUAUUCUAACUAUGUACAUAUAAUCUUUGUAUAAGUUGUAUCUAUGAAAAUAGCUGUAAAUGCUCCCCACAAGCGUUUUGAAAUAUUGCAACCUAGUAUGAGAAUCAUCAAGUAGAAUCAUCGAUUCGAUUUUCUGCGAUAAUUGUGAACUUGCGAUUCUCUCUUGGGAAAUUCCAGCAACGAUCAUUAUCAGACUGUAAAUUUUUUUUAAGAACAUGAAAUACUCAGAGUAUGAAGUUGAGCGAAGAAAUGUAGCAAAAUUCUCUCACGGUUCAUGCAUUGAUAGACUCGAGUUCUUAUAGCAUCUUCUAUCGGAUUGAAAAUGUUGUAUACAAUAUAGAUAGCAAUAUAGCAGCUUCAGUCAAAUUUUCGGCAAUCACCAACACUGACUACAGGGAACAAUUAUUCAGCAAUUAAAAACUCUAGCCUGAUCUCAAUUGAAAACUUUCGCAUUGCCUGUGUCUGGCAUAACAAAAAAUCGAUUUUUGAAAUGUCACUCACUGUAGAGUUUGUCAUAAAAUGUUCACCUCUAAUUUUUAGAAGCAGUAGUAUCAUAACAUUCCUAGAGCAUUCCUAGAUGAACACGGUUGAGUGAUGCCACAUGGAAGACAAAGUUUGAAAAUAUUCAGUUCAGAAAUUUUCGAAUGGACUGUUUUUAAGGUGCUAGAUCAUUUUAAUACUACCGUUAAAAAAAUUUAAUAUGACCUCAAAUGGUGGCACAUAGUGUGCAUUCUCGACAAAAUUAUUCGAAAGGUUUGAAACUCGACCCAUCGGACCUGGAAAGUCGGUUUUCACAUUGAUUGCGUAUCCUUUCUGUAAGAGAAAGGCAAACAGAUUUUUAAUAAAUGUUUAGCAUUUUCUCAAAAAGAAAUCUCAUUACAUAAGGCCAAGAAAUACCUGGCAUGGUAUGGCCAAUCACGACAACAAAGUACGGAGGCAAUCCAUCCUUUAUUGAAAAGUCUUGUCAAGUUACAUCGAGGAAAUUGUUUACACUAGAGUUGAAUCCAAUUUAGAUUGAUUCGAAAGAAAUACAAAAAGUCCAUCAAACGACCAUAACUCAAUUUGUAAACCUUUCGAAGCACGAAGCCUAAUUUCGUUCGACCAGCAGCCGCCAUCGUGAAACUGAGGCGCCAUGAUGCGAAAAAAAAUUCCACUUCGAUAAGAAAAAAUCAUUGUGCCAAAUUGGCUAUGCCGGUAAGGUGAAGAGAAAUAAACAAAUUUUCAACUCAACCUGCUUACUGAGAAGUUUUUUCCAUACUGCUCUUCUGCUCCUUUUCCUGAAUAUUUUACAUUAGCAGAAAAGGCUACACAACAGCAGCUUGGCGCUGAAUUUCCCCCGGUAAGUUUCGAUUUUUCUCUCUACUUUCCUCCCUCACUGUACUGCUGGCAUGGAUCGAGUUGCUCAUUGUUAUCGGAUAGAAUGAUUGAUGAUGGUAUGUUUUCGGUAAAAGUAUUAAAUAUAGGACCAAACGACGUCAUAAAUAUUAGGAAAUUAUAAUAAGAAUAAUUAUAGUAAUACCAAAACUAACAAUAAUUAUAAUGAUUAUUAACCUUCUGUACAUAAUGAACUUCUUCUUACGAUGUAAGUAUGAAAGGCAUAAAAGCUAGACAUGAUGUUCGAUGCAAUUGAACAGAGGUGUAGUAAAAUGGAAUGAUUUAGUAAACUGUUUCUGUGAUGACAAUGACGAGAGGAUUAUCUGCAAUUCUCCGGCCGGAUCAUAUUGUGUUUUUCUGUUAUGCGUAAUUUAAGGAUAAACUUUUUUCUCAUUGUAAAAUGAUUAAUUAGAAUCGGCUCAGUGUUCGAAGGCACUGAGAGCAUGGAUGAAAAUCGUAUCGUACAAAUUAGGACACUUUGAUUAGGGUAGCAGUGAAUGCCGGAAAGUUUCCUCUUUGUUUGACGGCACAGCUCUCACAUAAAAAUUUAGAUGAAAAAUUUUAAUCGUGUUAUGCACAAUAAAACCUAUCAAUCAAGAUUCGGUUCCCAAGAGACGAAAAGGUGCAAACUUUUGAGUGAAUUCAACGGAGCGACUGUAUAUUUGUUAAUUUAUUGUUUAGUCUAAACUUUAGAGCAUUUCUUAAGACUGAAACUCAAAUGUGGGAAAGUAUUUUAAUUGAAAGCAAAAGAAAUGUAAUUUAAUAUAAUAAGAGACGAAAAAGCAGGCAAACUUCAUUAGAAUAAUGAGAAAAACACAAACACUACGAAAAAAGAAGAAAGUUAAGUUCUUCCUUCGGGUGGAACCAGUCCCCCCUUUUAACUGUAAGUAGCUACUAAUGAAAGAAGAGCGAAGGAAAACUUCUCUUGAAACUUAUUUCUCCCAUUUUCCGCUGGAGUGAAAUUCUUGAGAAUUGGCAAAGCCGAAAAAAUGUUCACAUAAGUGAAGUAGGAUUGAUACAAUCUGCUGGAUCCAGAAAAAGAGAGAAGCACAAAAAGACAAAAACCAGAUUCCACAGAAUUAAAACUGGAUGAAAUUAAACCAAACCCUGUAUCUGUAUAUAGCACAGACCCUAAUGAGCUAAUUGGAGCUAAUGAAAGCAAACAACCACACCCACACAACUGAGAAGGAAAUUGAAAAUGUUAAACCAAUUGAAACAAUUCUAGUAUGUAUGAUGAGACUAACACACUCAAAUUGACAAAGAGUUAUUUGAAAAAUAAAAUCAUUGAAAGAAA